ACAACGAAAGCAGUUGGGUAUUCUAGAAGAGAAAGAGAUUGAUGUUUUUGAGAUGGAAACCCUAAGUGGGUAUAUUCUGGAAGACAAAGAUAUCCAGCCUUCGCUUCAUUACAAACUCCAACCAAUAAUGUCCUGUUGGUUCUGUGAGGUAUUUAUUCUAUGAGGGUGAAGUGGAAGAGGUGAGGAAAAAUGAAAGUGGAACUACAAAGAAGGUUGACAAUAAAGCAGUGACCAACAAUAUCAACAGGCCUCCCGCACCCAAGAAGUUUCUUGCAUUAGGAAGUGCUGCUCCUUAUCUGGGAAGGAAAGCAAGAGAGGGGAAAGCAGGGAAAGCAAAGGAUUCCAAGCAAGGCAAAUAUCUCAUUGUUCUUCUAGAGCAUUAAUUUGAGAAGAUUGGCAGAAUGAAGUUUCAGUUUCUUCUUCCUAGCCAUCAUUCUUCAUUGGAUCUCAUUCUUUCUUUUGAUUGGACAAUUAUAGAUCUAAUUCUUGUUUAUCUACAAUGGAAGACUAGUAGUGGCAGCCCUACCAACCACUGAGCUUUAGGGCAUCUUAAGUAUCAAAAGAUCGAAUUGAUGUUCGUAGGAGAUUCAGUGCAGAGAGCCUAGUUUGAGUCAAUGGUUUGUUUGGUGCAAUCUGUGAUUCUUGAGGAGAAGAAAUCCUUCCAUAGAAUUCCUCCCACAACCACAAUGAUCUUUAAAGCUGAGGAGUACAAUGCAUCAAUUGAGUACCACUGGGUUCCCUUCAUGGUGGAUUCUGAUUCAUACCAUGCAACAUAUCAUACUGUCUUGAGAUGACUAGUGAACCUUGCUGCCAAAGCCAAUCAUGGCAGGAGCUAGGAAGGACUUGAUGUAUUGGUGUUUGAGAGCUAUAUCUGGUGGAUGCACAAGCAUAACAAGCCCAGAUCAAUGCUAUGUAAGUUGACAGUUUUCAAGCUAAGGCUUUCUAUUCUGUCCAAAUUCUUCUGGUUUUUCUGAAUCUUGCUGCCAUAGCCAAACACAGCAGGAGCUAGAAGGAGUUGAUGUGUUGGUGUUUGGAGCGAUAUCUGGUGGAUGCACAAGCAUAAAAAGCUUGAGAUCAAUGUUAUGUAAGUUUUCAGUUUUUGAUCUAAGGCCUCCUAUUCCAUCCAAAUUCUUCUGGUUUUUGUGCUCAAGUGCAAGUUUUUUAUUUGAAGAUACAUUUUGGAGUCCAACACGUUAAUCUAAGUUCUAACUUUCUUCCUGAGGUUCAUGUUUUUUUCUUUUUUUUUUUUCUUCUUUAUCAGUUACGGAACUACUGAGAUUUUUCAAGAAUAUAAUGUGACAACUAGUCAAUUGAGAAACCUGGGCAAAUUGGAUAGAAUCCAACAUCAGUCCUUUAUGUCCCCUACACAUAUUUGUGGUAUGUUUCACUUGCUGUUUUCUAUUAAGAAACAUCCCAAGCCCCC